AGAAGUGCCCUUAUGGAAAAACAGGACAGAAUGCACUGCAGAGACAAGCACAGCUGUUUGGGUGUUGGCAGCUAUUGGUAGCAACCUUUUCUCCAGGGGCAUGAAACCUAUCAGAACACUUCUUCCACAAGAAGACAUUGCUGGCAGCUCAGAAGAAAGAGCCGGCUGUUGCUGAGUUUCUCCAUUGUGCCAGUUUGCUGGAACAUGGCCGUGCGCUUGUUUGAGGCACGACAGCAUGUAGAAUUCUAUCAGAAAUACAGAUUCUCUCCCGCUGAAAAUCUGCAAAGGGUCAUCUUCUCCUAUCUGGAAGAAAAGAAAUUGGCACCCACGCGGCUGGCGGUGGACGUGGGCUGCGGGUCAGGACAAAGCACUCGCAUCCUUGCAGCUCGUUUUGAGGAGGUGGUGGGAACAGACAUCAGUGAGGCUCAGAUCCAAGCAGCCAAAGAAGCGGCCUCCUUCCCAAAUGUGUCCUACCGUGUGUGCCCUGCAGAGGAGCUGCCGUUUGAGGACGGCUCCGUGGACCUUGUUACUGCUUUUGCAGCUGCCCACUGGUUUGACAUCCCGCGGUUCAUGAAAGAAGUGGAUCGAGUUCUCAGACCACACGGCUGCAUGGCCCUUAGCACCUACUUUCCCAACUUCAGUGUGCACUACAAAGACUGCUCGGAAAGACUCACAGAAAUCUUAACGGAGACCCAGGACCUGCUUUUUGAAUAUGCAGAUGAGAAAGUAAAUCGUGUCAUUGGGGAGUACAAAGAGGUGUUUGACUUGUCACCUUUCCAGGACAAGCGGAGAGUUACCCAGAUCAUAGACAAAAUCCCCAUGUCCGUGGCUGAGGUGAUCGGGUUUUUGCAGUCUAUGUCCAUGUAUCAAACCUUUCUGAGGAGCGACCCUGAAGCAGCAAAAUCCCUCCUCCAAAAAACUGAAGAAAGGUUUUUGGAGACCAUGGGAGUUGGCUCUAAGGAAACCCAGGUAGAGAUCUGGGUACCGUGUGUUUGUGUUCUAGGCUUCAAGGGGCCAUGAAUGGAAAAUCCACUGAUGACUCUCUAGCCAGAAGAAAACUCCCAGUUUCAGAAUCUACUUAUAACUGAUGUUAUCACCUUUAAAAUGUUUGGUUAAAAUGCCAGUGUAAUCCCUGGCGGAAUUUCCACCCUUCAAAGGGAGACAAGGGAGGCACAAAAUCAAAUCGUAUCGGUAUCAGAAGUGUUUUCAUGGUGUGGUGAUUUCCUAUUUAAAGAGGAAAAGCUCUAUAUUCUGUCUGGCCAUCAAUAAACAGACGUGGGAAGAAAUCACGGACCUUUGUCAUAUGGAAGGCUGCAAGCAUUUUAUCGUGUGUGGAAUAUGCAAUAAACAUCAUGUGACCUACCGGGA